AUGACUUUCUUGCAGAACUCCGCCACUUCUUUGGGAGGAAGCAAAAGGAAAGGUUUUCACAUCAUUCACAUAUGUACUGAAAUGGAACCAUUGAUCUCAGUCGGGCCCUUGGCACCAUACAUAACUGGCUUAUCUCGAGCGCUGCAAAAAAAGGGCCAUUUGGUGGAAGUUAUUUUGCCAAAGUAUGCUAGUCUUGACCUAGAUGAGGUUCAGGGGUUGCGAGAAGUUGUGGCAGAGUCUUACUCUUACUUUAAUGGACAACUGCAAGGAAACAAAAUCUGGACCGGGGUUGUCUAUGGAAUUGGAGUUACUUUUAUUCAACCUUUGUAUUACUCAUCUUUUUUCAACCGGGACAGGAUAUAUGACUAUUCAGAUGACUUUGAACGAUUUUCCUAUUUCUCUCGUGCUUCAUUGGAUUAUAUAGCUAAAUCCGGAAAGCAACCUGAUGUGUUACACUUACAUAAUUGGGAGACCGCUAUCGUUGCACCUAUUUUCUGGGAUAUUUUCUGGGAUAUUUUCGCUAAACAGAGGCUAGGAAAUACAAGAAUAUUAUUGACUUGCCAAGGCUUUGAUUCACAGUGUCUGGUUGAACCGGAUAAGCUAGCACUAUGUGGACUUGAUCCUGGUGGACUUAAUCAUCCUGACCGCUUGCAAGAUACGGCUAAGACACAUCUUGUGAACAUUUUGAAGGGUGGGAUAGUGUAUUCAAACAAAGUUAUAGUUAUGUCAUCUAUGCACUCUAAAGGAGGGAUCAUCCACAACAUGAGCCAUGAAUUGGAACCUACCUUAGCCUUCCACCAGGAUAAAUUGCUUGUCGCUCCUUAUGGCUUCGAUAACUCCGCCUGGGAUCCAGCCACAGAUAUACUUCUUCCAGUAAAGUUUAGUGCAGAGAACAUGAGAGGAAAAGAUGCAUGCAAAGUUGUAUUACACCAACGGGCAGGCAUAUCGUCACUUGUUUCUUCUGUUAGGGUUGGAUGCAUCAUCUCAGAAGUAUCAGAUUUUGAUUUAGAGAAACUGAAGGAAGCUGUGCAGAAUGCUACCAGUGGGGGUGCACAGUUCGUCUUCUUGGCGAAUGCUUCAUUGCCGACUAUAAAUAGAGCACUCAGAUAUCUUCAGGAAGCACUAGAGGGUCCCAACGUAAAAUUCUUCACCCACUACGGUGAACCACUAUUACGUUUGGUUUUUGCAGGAUCUGACAUUAUAUUAUGUCAUUCUCUUCACGAUCCUCUACUUCAAGUUCCCCUCAAGGCUUUACGAUAUGGAGCUGCUCCCGUUUUAGAAGCCUCUGGUGAUAACAACUUCAGAUACUAUGCAGAUCAUGACCAUGAGAUCAGUAGAUUCUUGCAGUUCUUGAGAUCUACCUUGGGAAUUAUGUCCCUUAGCCAAGCCAUCGACGAAAUUAGGAACAACCCAUCGACAUGGAAAACAAAGAUAUCAAAGGCCAUGAAGGAGGACUUCUCAUGGGAUGCAGAAUGCUAUGAAACUCAUGUCUCAGCAUACAGCGCCAUUAAAAGUCUGUGAAGGCAGCAACGAAUGUCAAAAGCACUUGUUUACAUGAUAUCAAUGAAGAUGGACGCGUAUCAUUUUAAGUGCAUCGGAUUAUGGGAUGGAAAACUUGUUUUCCAGUCUCUAAAUCACAAGUGCCACGCCUAAUGAAGAUCUAGCUUGUUCGUAUUAUAGGUUGAUUCACUGCCUCUCUCAGCUUUAACUAGUGACCUGCCAAUUAUA